UCCGUACGGCCGGCCCAGCAUCAGCCAUGCCCCGCGUCUCCAGCCCCGGUCUUGUCAUGCCCCGUGUCACCAGCUCCGUUCUUACCUCUCUCCUCAACUUCUUCCUUCUGUUCGCCUCGGUGCAGGAGAGAAGUUCUGCCGUUCUUGUGCCUUCAGAAGUCCGAAUCGGUGCAUUGUACGACGGGGAGAGCCCCACGGACCGAACGGCUGUCCGCCUAGCGGUGGAGUUCGUGAACAACAGGACCGACAUCUUACCUGCGACCAGGAUCCGGAUCGUGGAGGGAACCGUGGUGAUGUUAGCUAACCUGGACAGCGUACUCACAGUCUGCCAUCAAGCUGAAAAAGGUGUUGCAACGUUCGUCGGGCCCGGGAGUUCCAGCUCGGUCAAAACCACGCAGCUAGUCUCGGCGGGUCUCGCGAUACCUCAGAUCGCGCCCAUCGCCACCGACCCGAUGUUGGACAACUCCGAGAAGUACCCGUACCUGCUGCGCAUGUCCGCGCCCGACACCGUGCAGAGCCGCGUGCUGGUGGACCUGGUUAACGAGUUCGGCUGGCAGCAGAUGAGCAUCCUGGUCUCACGGGACGACUAUGGUACGCACGGACUGAUGGAGUUCAAGACGUUGGCCAGUCAGCGGGGAUGGCUCAUCCGCACCGUGCAGCAGUUCCAGCCCAGGGAGAACCCCGCACAGAUAGACGUGCUGCUGCAGCUCAAGGCCAUCAAACAGGCAGGAGCGAGGAUCAUCCUGCUGAACUGUGGCGGGUUGCUGGGCAUGGAGGUGCUGAGGAAGGCCUCCACCAUGGGCAUGACGGGAGGCGGCUGGGUCUGGAUCGUCACCGACGGGAUCGCCAGCAUUUCCAUUGGAGAGACGAAGGUGAAGUCGGACUUUGGUAGGGAGGUACCGGACGAGCUGGUGGGUGUCCUGGGGACGAGACCUGUAGGUACCAGCGGUGACCUGUACACGUCAUUCAGACAGUUCUGGCGGGCCGCGGAUCCCAUCUUGUACCCAGGGGCCGGUAGGGUGAAGAUUGAGGCCAGGGCUGCCAAGUACGCCGACGCCAUUCUCACCUUCGCCUACGCCUUUCAACAAGUCAUCAAGGACGGGUUCUACCGCCCCGAGACGCCGCUCUUCUGCGAGGGGAACGUCUCCUGGAAGUGGAGCAACGGGCCCGCCAUGCUGGAGUACCUCAAGAAGGUAGACGAGCCCGGCAUCUCCCAGCGGCUCCGCUUCACGUCCAGCAGGAUCCCGCGGGAACCGCUGUUCGACAUCGUCAACCUGAGGAAACACGGCUGGCAGACGGUUGGGAGGUGGGACGAGGCGCGCGGCUUGAGCAUGCCGACUCGGAACGUGACGUUCAUGGGGAUGGCGGAGCCGGUCCCAGAGGACUACCGGACGGACCUGCGCAACAGAACACUGAAGGUCAGGUAACCAGCGUUCUGUAGUCUCUACUAGAUUCGUUUGG